AUACGCGCCAAUACUAUUUCAUAUGUAACCAACCUGUCAAGUAUAUGUAUUAAAUUUUAUUAACGAUCAUCAGUUGGCUUCUUCAAUCAAUUGGAUAUUGUUUCAAUUUCAAUCUCAAUAAGGAUGGUUACAAAUGAUGAAAUAAAUACCUAAGACAUCAACUGUCCGUAAUCCUAUCGAAAAUUCUACCCCAGCCAGCCAGCUACGUGUACACGAUACCCCCGGGGAGCUUGGGCCAUAUUUUACCCCUUAGUGUCUGUUACAUACCCCGGCGUGUUACACGUGUAGCUGCGUAUCUGGUGCCUUAUGGUGCCCUGUCUCCAACCGUUCAUCACCGUCUUAUGAUUUUCGAAUAUACAAGUCAAUAACAUUUUGUUCUUUUCUCUUCUUCGAAACUUCUAUAUCACCCAGCACCUAUCAUUCUUCCAAUAUUGCUAGCAUUAUACACGCAACAGUGCCUUAGGUAUGCAGCCGGUUCAGGUUAGGGACCUCCCCUCUUCGGCCUCCUUUUAUGCCGCUAUCGUCCAACCACUCAAACUCCGGUAUAUCUCCGCCAACGCCUCGUCCAUAGUCUUCGGUGACAGUACUUCCGGUGCCCCGGUCUUAGAAGUCAAGAGGCUUGCCCCCGGCCAACAUCUAAGACCAUCUCGCGUAAUCCUUUCCGCCCAAUCACCCUCCGUUGUAUCUGCUUUUCGAACCGCUGCAUUACGAGCGGAACCCGAUAUACAAAUCGACACGUUCGACGAGGGCCGCGUAGAGGUCACCGACUUUGACGGAAACAAGAUAGAGGCUGUCUGCUCCGCUGGAUAUCGUUCCAGCUUUGCACGUGCGAAUUCCAGCGCUUCCCUUUCUUCACGAGAACCUCGGUCCAUGAUGAAGCGGAGUGCCACUACUUCCGCCGUGGAGCCCCCGCCGCGUGAGGCAUCCGGGGGGUUCGGCGCUGGCACCGGCAUGGGCACGGUCCUCGGGGCCGCAGCCGUUGGUGUUGCCGUAGGUAGCGCUUUAACCUAUGCCUUUAUGGGUAACGGCCGUCAGCGUGCUACCCCGCGUCAAGAAUACGAAGCCGCAUUACAACGGCGCGCAUCUUAUCCAGACCCGCAGCCGAAUGUUCAGCCUAGGUACAUCGAGGACAAGAAGUAUCCGCCGCUUAGCUACGGAGCACGGUAUGCCCAGAUUGAGGCACCUGCAAGGAGUAGGGUAGUAGAGGACCUCGACGACCGUGCGAGCCGAUACUCAGGCCACUAUACCACGGCCAGCCGAUCUCGUCGCCUCAGCGAGGCUGGCUCCACAAGGCGGCCGCCCAUGACCGCCGACGUAGAGUACAUAAGCAAUGCCGGUACCAAGUACGAACAAAAGCUCCUAAUGGACAGGGAGUACCGCAGCCAGGUAGGCGAGGAUGACCGUCGCAGUUACGCGCCAUCCAAGUAUUCAGCAGCCCCAUCAAGGCACACCGCAACACCAUCCAAAUACGCCGGGGAGUCCGAGUACCGCGGUCGCAGCAGCUCUAAACACAGAGCUCCCCGACCAACUCAAGCCGAGACAUACGUCUCGACGCGCAGCAAGCGACCCGUCAGCACGGCACGUCCUCCCACACGGUCGCACAGCCGGGUUUCGGCGCGGGAUCUCGAUCUCCCCGAGAGCCGCACCGGCUGGGAUGACGACGACGAUGUAGAGAGUAUCGCGCCCGACGACAGCAUCAGCUGCGUUGGCGACGAAGGGUACACCAAGCGCACACACCGCCCCGCGCCGCACGGAGCCCCAUCGAUGGUCAGCCGCUUUCGAAGAGUUGUUAAUGAGUUUGACGGCAAACGCAGGCCGUUGUACGGAUCCGAGGUUAAAUAGGUAGAUCGAUCGGUGACCCGCAUGCUUGUCUCUCUCCCGUGGCAGGGAUCACCUUGCUACUUUAAACCACAUCUUUUUUCCAUCCACCUUUAUUUAUCUAAACACAUACAUCAUCUAUCUC